AUGGGCGAAGCCGUGGUGGGCAUUAUCGGCAUGGGUGACAUGGGCAAGAUGUACGCCCGGAGGAUCAGUGACGCAGGAUGGAGAGUACAUGCCUGCGAUGUCCCAGACAAGUAUGAACAGUUGAAAGCAGAGUUCUCCGGUCGACCCAAUAUCACAAUAUUCCCCAACGGCCAUCUCGUAUCACGCAGCUCUGACUGGAUUAUGUACUCCGUCGAAGCCAAGAACAUGGAUGCCGUGGUAUCUGCUUACGGCCCUUCUACCAAACAAGGUGCCAUUGUAGGCGGCCAGACCUCAACCAAAGCCCCCGAAAUCGCCGCCUUCGAGGCUCACCUGCCAGCUGAUGUCGAGAUCGUGUCCUGCCAUUCCCUCCACGGUCCUGGCGUAAACCCCAAAGGCCAGCCCUUGGUCAUCAUCCAGCACCGCGCCAGCGACGCCUCCGUCACGCUGGUCCGAAAGAUCUUAUCCUGCUUCGAGCCCAACUUCGUACCCUUGUCCGCAGAGAAGCACGACCGCAUUACAGCAGACACACAAGCAGUCACCCACGCCGCCUUUCUCAGCAUGGGCACAGCCUGGCAGGCCAACAACCAGUUCCCGUGGCAAGUCCCUCGCUACGUCGGCGGAAUCGAGAACGUGAAGAUUAACCUGAUGCUCCGCAUCUACAGCAACAAAUGGCACGUCUACGCCGGCCUGGCGAUCUUGAAUCCGAGCGCAAAGCAGCAGAUCCGGCAGUACGCGACGAGUGUGACGGAACUGGUCAAGCUGAUGACUGGUGGACAUCGGAAGGCUUUCACGGAGCGGAUCUAUGCCGCGCGGAAAGCGGUGUUUGGCGAUCCGGGGAGUAAGAAGGAGGGGAGGGAGGAGUUGCUGCUGCAGGAUGAGCUUCUGGAUCGGUUUAGCUUGGGUGAAAAGAGUGCGGAGCGGGUGAAGAAUAGCCAGCUGAGUUUGCUGGCGAUGGUGGAUUGUUGGUGGAAGUUGGGGAUUGUGCCGUAUGAUCAUAUGAUCUGUUCGACGCCGGAUGCCGAUGUGAUGACUGCUGACGCUAUCCAGUUGUUCCGCCUUUGGCUCGGCAUAACAGAGUACCUCUACCGCAACCCUGAGCUCUUAGACGAGUGCAUAGAAACCGCUCUCUCCGACCGCACCUUCGUCCAAGACGACCUCGAAUUCUGCUUCGCCGCUCGCGACUGGAGCGCCCGCGUUUCCCUCGGCCACAUGGACGGCUACCGCGAGAAGUUCGAGACGAUCCAGACGUACUUUGCGCCGCGGUUCGAGGAGGCGACCAAGGUGGGGAAUGAGAUGAUUCGGACGAUUGAGGAGAACUUGAGCAGUCGGAAGAAGAGUGGGGGUGGAUGA